AGAAACCGCAAACAGGCGAAAUUGCAAAGCCAGCGCGAAAGCCGAGCUCCCGCAGGAGCCCCCGGUGCCUGGCGCUGCCGGCUUCCUGCGAGCGGCGGCCGCCCCCGGCCCGCCCCGCCCGGCGCCGCUCACGGGGAAAGUCCCCGAGGGCAGCGGCAGCACCGCCAAGCCGCACGCCGGAAGGUUUGCUCAGCAAGGCUCGGCUCGGCUCAGCUCCUGCCCCCAGGGCCCCGGCCCGGCCCGCCACCCCCCAGCCCCGCGCCGCUCCGCCAGCCCCACCGCGCCAUGAAGACCAUCCUGAAGUGGCUGCUGGGGAUCCUGGGCGUCGCCGUCGUCGUCACGGUCAUCGCCGUGCCCCUGGCUCUGCUCACCGGCAAAAGCACCUCUGAGCCUGAUUCACGAAGAACAUACACUCUACAGAAUUACUUGAACAAUGACUAUAAGUACAGAACACAUAAUUUGCAGUGGAUUUCAGGAAAUCAGUAUCUGCACAAAACAGCUAAUGGGAGUGUGCUACGUGUCGAUGCUGGCACCGGAACAUCCUCAGUAAUCUUGGAGAAUACAAUAUUAGAUAAAUACAAGGCAACCACAGCUAUACUGUCUCCUGACCAGAAGUUUGCUCUUCUGCAGUACAGCUAUACAAAGUUGUGGAGGCAUUCCUAUACAGCUUCAUAUCACAUCUAUGAUUUCAAUAGCAGUUCUACCUUAGAUGACAAGCUACUACCUACUGAUAUACAAUAUAUAUCCUGGUCACCUGUUGGUCACAAACUGGCAUUUGUUUGGAAUAAUAAUGUUUAUAUAAAAGCUUCACCAAGAGCAGAUUAUGUGAAAAUCACUGAAAAUGGAGAAGAAAAUAAAAUUUUCAACGGAAUACCAGAUUGGGUUUAUGAAGAGGAAAUGUUUGGCACCCAUUUUGCUCUGUGGUGGUCUCCAAAUGGCAAUUUUGUGGCGUAUGCAGCAUUUAAUGAUACAGAAGUUCCUCUUAUAGAGUAUUCUUUUUAUUCUGACGACACCUUGCAGUAUCCAAAGACCAUCAGAAUCCCAUAUCCCAAGGCAGGAGCUAAAAACCCAACUGUGCGACUCUUUAUUUUGGAUACCAAAUUGUUUCCUUUCCAAACUGCUGAAAUUUCUCCACCUGCAGAAAUAAAAUCAGGGGAUCAUUAUUUGAGUGUUGUAACAUGGGUGACAGAUGAAAGGAUAUGUCUGCAGUGGCUCAGAAGAAUUCAGAAUUUUUCAGUCCUCACAGUCUGUGACUUCGAAAGCGCUACUGGUAGUUGGUCAUGUCCACAGGAAAAACAACAUACCGAAGAAAGUACUACUGGCUGGAUUGGCAGAUUUCAGCCAUCUGUCCCUCACUUUGCACCCGACAAUACUACCUACUACAAAAUCUUCAGCGACACAGUAGGUUACAAGCACAUCCAUUACAUAAAGGGCUCACAGGCUCCAGUACCUAUUACUUCAGGAAAAUGGGAGGUAAUCAGCAUAGAAGCUGUAACCAGUAACUUUUUGUACUACAUUAGUAAUGAAAACGGUGGAAAGCCAGGAGGAAGAAAUCUUUACAAAGUGCUCUUGGAAGGCAGUUCAAAUUCUCCUAAAUGUGUUAGCUGUGAUCUGAAUCAAGAAAGAUGCCAGUAUUAUUCUGUGUCCUUCAGCAAAGACGCACAAUAUUAUCAGCUAGAUUGUCAUGGUCCUGGCCUGCCUGUAUCUACUCUGCACAGAAGCAGUGAUGAUCAAAUCCUCAGAUACUUGGAAAAUAACACUGAACUGGAAAAUUCAUUGAAAGAUAUUCAGAUGCCUUCAAAAGAGUUUGGUACCGUUAGGGUAGAUAGAUAUGACCUGUGGUAUCAAAUGAUACUGCCUCCCCAUUUCGAUUCAUCAAAGAAGUACCCUCUGCUCCUUGAUGUGUAUGCAGGACCCUGUAGUCAGAAAGUAGAUUAUAUCUUCCGGAUCAGCUGGGCUACUUACCUUGCAAGCACCGAGCAGAUCAUUGUGGCCAGCUUUGAUGGCAGAGGAAGUGGAUACCAAGGGGAUGAAAUUAUGCAUGCAAUAAACCGAAGGCUGGGAACAUAUGAAGUGGAAGAUCAGAUAGCAGCAGCCAGAAAAUUUUCUGAAAUGAGCUUUGUUGAUAAGGACAGAAUAGCUAUUUGGGGUUGGUCGUAUGGGGGAUAUGUGACCUCCAUGGUGCUUGGCUCUGGAAGCGGCGUGUUCAAGUGUGGAAUAGCGGUUGCCCCCGUGUCACGUUGGCAAUAUUAUGAUUCAAUAUACACGGAGCGAUACAUGGGCCUUCCUAUAGAAAGUGAUAAUCUGAAGAACUAUAAUAGUUCAACAGUAAUGGCCAGAGCUGAAAAAUUCAAGGAAGUUGAAUAUCUCCUUAUUCAUGGAACAGCAGAUGAUAAUGUUCAUUUUCAGCAAGCAGCGCAGAUUUCCAAAGCUCUCGUUGAUGCUGAAGUGGAUUUUCAGGCAAUGUGGUACACUGACAAGGAUCACGCCAUCACUGGUCAAGCACAUAAGCAUAUUUAUACCCACAUGAGCCAUUUCUUAAAGCAGUGUUUUGCACUGCCCUAGCACCAGCAUUUCGGUUGUUAGGGAUGGUACCGCUCCAGAAAGCUCUCUGGCUAAUGUACACUGAGCCAGUAUAAACUUUUAUGAAUCAAGAUGAGAUAAGAGUCAGCUCUUGGAAUACCGGUGUACUAAACGAAAUGCUAAUCGUUAUAAUGAUCUCUGUUGCUGAGCAACUAUUGCAUUUUUUAUUGAUUGUGUUUAAUCAGGUCUUAACAUCACCAGAAUGUAGACUCCUAGAAAGCAUGGUACUUGCUUGAAUGGUACCUUUUGAUGUUUCAAUCUCAGAAACAGUCCGAUUUCUAUAUUUAUUAGUGUAAUGGAUGAUGAAAAUGUCAGAGGAAUCAACAUGGAGAUCAGCUGAGGAAUAAAAAUAGUAAUGUUUCCAACAAAAGAAAAUGAAUUAACAUUGUCAUCAUGUCUGUGGAAGUACUGAUAAACUUUAAGCAGAUUUUUUUUUUUUUUGCAGAAAUUACCUAAUGCUUGAUCAAUUAUUUUACAAACGAGGAAUACUGCAGUGUUAAUAUUUUCUAUGCAGGGUGAAACACUUUGUUUACUGCAGUUCCUCGAGUUUGCAGGGAAAAUACAAUCUCUUGGAUUACAAGUGUAGAAGUCUCGCAAGGGAAACAUGUAACCAGCUUUCACCAAAGAUUUUGAAUGAUACCCUAUUCAAACCAAUGGCACUGAAUGUCUUUGUUUCCUAUCCUAGUACUGUGAUUUAUUAUUUUUUUUUUUGCUUACUUUAUAGUCAAAAAGGCUGCUCCUUUGGAAAUCUGCACUGGUAAAAUCUUACCUGGGACCUCUAGCAGCCUGCCACUGUUUGUCUAUGGGACAGAAAAAUACUUUUUUUCAGCCAUUUCCUGUUGACUGAUGAGUAGUCAAACAUAAAACGUAACAAUGCAAACUAGCAGGGACUUAAAUCAAGGGCUGGACUGUAAUGCUUAUGUGAAUGUGCCAUUUCGCAAGCCUGCUUUUCCUUGCAGCCUACCAGUAAACUUCGGCUUUACCUUCAGCACUCCAGGUAGGCUUCUCCAUCUGAAGAUAAGAUUAGUUGUCUUAAUUUCACAUAGAUAUAAAAGCUGCAACCCACUUGUACUACAAACUGUGCUGUUUUAAAAUAAUAAAGAUAUUAAGUUAUGAAAA